ACCUUUGGUGCGGACGGUUGGGUUGGUUGGUCGGAACGUUAUCUAAAGGCCAACCAGUGUCUUUGUAUUUAUUGUACAAAUAUUCGCUUAAAAAUUGAUGAGAAAUUAUCACAAAAUAUACAAGAAAUCCCCAACUCAAAAUUGACACAAAAUGUCGUAGGGUGUUAAGAGCCUUAACCCCAAAAAAGCCAAAAAUAAACGGACAAUGCAGCCAUUUAGCGACAGUCUAAGCAAAAGUCGCGAUGAUUUGGUCAAUGUCGCCGCCUCCAGGCACCAGCAGCAGCAACAACAACUGCACAACAACUACACCAGGCGUAAACAUCAUGGCAGCAGUCCAAACUUAUCGCUGGAUACAACCGAUAAUUUGCGCAGAAGUAUGGUCUGUCUGCAGGAUGAAUUCGGCCACCUAGGAAUUGCGACAGAUCUGCCCUUCAAAUCAUCGGAUAUCGAUGCAUCUGUGCCGCAGCACAACCACCACAACAACAACUAUGCGGAAAUCACGGACAGCAGUGCAGAGAAUACGUGCCAGCAACGCUGGCCACCGCAUGCCGGUGGCGGUGGCUUGGCCAGUGCCUUUGGGCAUCCUGACAAGCCCAUUGGGUGGAUGUACGGGCUGUUGGGCUGCAUGAAACCGGUUUUGUCCUUCAUCGGCAAGGCGGGCGUCAUUGAGGUGAAGAGUCAGCGAGGCAGCGAAGACUGGGAAAUACCCUUUGAAUCGAUUACGAAUCUGGAAUGGUUGGCCAGUGGUGCUCAGGGUGCCGUCUUCAGUGGCAAGCUCAAGAACGACAUUGUCGCUGUCAAGAAGGUGAGGGAACUGAAGGAAACGGACAUCAAGCACUUGCGCAAACUGGAUCACGACAACAUUAUCAAAUUCAAAGGGGUUUGCACACAAUCGCCCGUAUUUUGCAUUAUCAUGGAGUUCUGCCCGUAUGGCCCGCUGCAGAACAUAUUGAAGGAGGAGCAGGUCAUGUUGCCGUCCCGUUUGGUAUCCUGGUCCAAACAAAUUGCAAUGGGUAUGCAAUAUUUGCACUCACACAAGAUCAUACACAGAGAUCUAAAGAGUCCCAACAUACUGAUUAGUACAAACGAAGUGGUGAAGAUCAGCGACUUUGGCACCAGUCGCGAGUGGAAUGAGAUUAGCACUAAGAUGAGCUUUGCGGGCACUGUCGCCUGGAUGGCGCCUGAGGUUAUACGCAAUGAGCCGUGCUCCGAGAAAGUGGACAUUUGGUCAUAUGGUGUUGUGCUUUGGGAGAUGAUCACGUGUGAGAUACCCUACAAGGAUGUCGACUCAUCGGCCAUCAUUUGGGGUGUGGGCAACAAUCGGCUCAAGUUACCGGUGCCCAGCACCUGCCCGGAGGGCUUUAAGCUCCUCGUUAAUCUCUGCUGGAAGAGCAAGCCGCGCAAUCGACCCUCGUUCCGGCAAAUACUCAGUCAUCUGGAUAUUGCGGGACCGGAGCUGUUGCGCAAAAAUGAGAAGCAAUAUUUCGAGACGCAAAAAUCGUGGAAGGAGGAGGUACGCUGCCACCUGAAGGAGAUCACACAAAACGGUACCAGCCUGCACAAGUACGAGCAGGAUCUGAUCAAGCGGCGCACAGCCGAAUGGCGACAUGCCCAGGACAUUCGCAUGGUGUACGAGGACAAGCUGCAGAAGACGAAUCAAUUGUUCUUCGAGCUAAGCGAAUGCAUGACCCAGCUGCAGGAAAAGGAAAAGGAAAUCGCCGAGCGGGAACGUAAGUUGCCUGGUUCUGGUUACAAGCCAACGCGACGCUUGGGCAACACACUCAGGAAAAUGCAACAUUAUCGCCGACGACUGAAUGCGCCGCCAGCUCAGCAAAUCCAGCAGCAGCAAUCAACAACGCCGGAUCCCGAAACAACGCCAGAGAGUCCCGUGAAGUGUGCAUUGUAUGCGCAACUGGAUGGCAAUUGCCAGCCAAAAUCGUAUUGUGCUGUGGGCAGCACACUAAUCAUUGGCGGCUGCAGCAUGGCCAGCAAGAACAAGAAGACUUGGCGUCAUCGACGCAAUGGCUCCGGCUCCUUUGCCGCACCGCCCAAAUACAGUCCGACACGGGAUCGUCGCUACCAGAGCGAACCGGAGAAUCGCAAGGUGCAGCUGGUGGAGCAGCAGACGCAGACCGAUGCCAUGGAUGUCAGCGAGACGGACAUUAGUCCGAGUGCCGAGCAGGUAAUCGAUGUGCCGCCACCCAAUCAUCGGCAGCUGCCGUUGCAGCUGCAGCGUGUCCAACAAUUGGCCGCCGCCAUGGCGCAGGCUCAGGUUAAGAGCAGCAGCGGCAGUGAGACAGUGAUCGACGCCAGUCCCUCCAAUGGCAACUCGAUGAGCAACAGUGAUCUGGCCUAUCAUGACGCAUGCUCCAGUCCGGAUCAGCUCAUUGACGAUGUGAUGAACAGCAAUGAGCGCUUGGACAUCACCGAUUGCUACAGCGACAACGAAAAUCUUGAGCGAUUGGGCCGCAAAGUCAUCGGAUUCAUCAACGAGAAUCGCCUAUCCAUCCAAUCAAAUGCAACCACUGUCACGGAAAAUGGCAACGGUGGUAAUGGUGGCAACGGUGCACACAGUCCACACACCACAACGGUCAGUCCCGAUCUGCGUGAUACGGCUGUGGGCCACAGCAGUCCUUGCCUGAGUCGCUGCAGCAGCACCCACAGCCGAAGGCAGACGAGGCAACAGUUGACAGAGAAUACAACAACAACUGGCAAUGCUAAUGGGGAAUCCUCGCAGGAACAUUUGGGCGAGGACAGCUGGUCCGAUGAGGAGGGUGAGGAUACCGACUACAAUUAUGCACUGCGCAGAAGAAGCAUUGGCCGACUGCCAAUUGGGCGUGGAAUGCGUCCAAGACGCAGCUACAAGGCGCCGCUGUCCCAAAAGAUGGCCAUACACAAGCGCAAUGCGGUCAUCGUGUCCGACGAGGAGAACACCUCCGAAUACAGUCAUUCACCCUCAAGUCAACACUCAACGCUGGAGAGCAAUACGGAUGUGCCAGCGGCCCUAAAGCACACACAACAACAAAAACAGCAACAACAGCUGCAGCAAAAACAGAUGAACACAAAACACAGCUUCAGCGAUUCGGAUUCACGUGACUCCAGCGAGGAUGACGAUGAGGUGGAGGAUAAGGAUAAGGCCAGCUCGAAGGCAACAUCAUCUUUGGCGUUACCCACAGCCGGCAUACGCAGCAGCGACAUUAUAUCCAUACCGACAUUUGAGGCUGAUGGUGCCGUUAAUAUGGUUUAAGUUAGUUAAGUUAAGUGAAAACAAAACAAAAAACAACAACAAACAACUCCUACAACAAUUAACCGAAAACAACUAUCUCUAUAUACUCAACAAAACAAAAAAAUGGAAAAACAAAAGCCCAAAACUAUGGUAUUAUUCUAUGUCGUGUGUCUCUUAUACAUAUUCAUGUCCGAUCUGUGUGUUCCCCCUUUAGUUUAGAAUGUAUGUUUGUAUGUCGAAGCGUUGAUCGCCUCAUUUAACAUUAAACCAUGUUCACUUUUAAGGUUUAGGGGCAAUGCUAUUAUCUAUUAUAUAUCUGUUUGGAUGCAUUUCCUAUGUUGCAAACUUAUGAUUUAAUUUUAAUUUGUAAGCUGCCUUUGUAAUAUAUUUAAAUGCCGUAAUUGUACAUUUAAUUUAGUCAUUAAGUAGUCUUCAAUCUUAAGAGCUUAACCGCAACACGCUCCCAACUACAAACAAACGACAUAAAACACACAACAAAAAAAAAAUAUAUAUAAAAAAAGGUAAUAGAAUUGGCCUCAGGCAAUAUAUAUGUAUAUAUAUAUAUAGGCAAGGAUGAAACAAAAUAGUCAGGGAUAUUUUUUAUAUAACGAAAUUUGCUAAGAAAUCGAUGAGAAUGUUUUUUAAAAGAAGCGCAUCAUAUAAUUUUGUAGUUCGCAUUGGGAAAACUGUUCAAAGAAUUUUUGGAGCCAGUUCUUAUCCGGUAAACGUACUUACUUUUUUGUAAUGCACAAAAUUCAAAGCUUCAGUGCCUUAAAGCAAAUAUUUGAGAAUCGAUAAGGAAAAUAAAAUAUAUAUAUUGAAAAAUGUGUAAAAUAGCAGACCACGGCUCUGACGUGGAGCAUGUGCGCUUUUAAUCCCACGCCUCCAUCUUGUAGCCAGACCUGUGGAGCAUUUGCUAUCUAAAACCCCACUCAAUUCUCCGCUCUAGUUAAUUAAAAAAAAAAACAAAAAGGACAAACCAACUCAAAAGCGCACAUUACGCUGCAAUAAAAUAGAAUAUAUAUAUAUAUAUAUAUAUAUAUAUAAAUAAU